CCUUCCACCGGCAUCCGCUGCCUCCGCACCGAGCCCGGCGACGGGCCGGCCCCGUCCCGGAGGAGGAGCCGGGCGGGCAGGUACGCUGGCAGAGCCCGGCCCGGCCCUGCCCAGUCCCCGCCGGCGACCGGCUUCUGCCCCGGGAUGCUCUGAGCCGUCCGGAGGACGAAGGAGAUGGAGCCGCUGGAGGCGAACAUCAGCUGCAGCAACGGGUCACUGGUCACCCUUUCGUGCCUUUCCCACCGGGUCGUGUGCCGGGUGAUCGGCGAUGCUGACCCAGCUGACUCUGUCCAGGACAACGGGACUUCGGAUGACUUCUGGGUAACUCGGCUGGAAAGCAAUUAUGGGUUCUACAUCGGCCUGGGCUUGGCUGUCUUCUCCAGCUUCCUCAUCGGAAACAGUGUCAUCCUCAAGAAGAAGGGGCUGCUACGGCUGGUGGAGAAGGGAGGCACCAGGGCAGGAGAUGGAGGCCACGGCUACCUAAAGGACUGGCUCUGGUGGGCUGGCUUGUUAACCAUGGGUGGAGGGGAAGCUGCCAACUUUGCCGCCUAUGCCUUUGCUCCUGCAACUAUUGUCACGCCUCUGGGGGCUCUGAGUGUGCUCAUAAGUGCCAUCCUGUCUUCGUAUUUGCUUGGAGAACGGCUCAACCUGCUGGGAAAGCUGGGCUGCAUGCUCAGCCUCGUGGGCAGCACCGUGAUGGUGAUACACGCCCCAGAGGAUGAGGAGGUCACCACUCUGGAUGAAAUGUCUUCUAAGCUGAAAGAGCCAGGUUUCCUCGCUUAUGCUGCGAUCCUCUUGGCUGUCUGCUUCCUCCUGAUCUUCUACCUCGGACCCCGCUAUGGCCAGAGCAACAUCCUCAUCUACCUCACCAUCUGCUCCGUUAUUGGUGCCUUCUCCGUGUCCUCGGUCAAGGGCCUGGGUAUUGCCAUCAAGGGCUUCUUCGCUGGCCGGCCUGUGCUGCAGCACCCAUUGACGUGGAUCCUAGUCAUCACGCUGGUGGCAUCCAUCACUACACAAAUUAACUACCUCAACAAGUCUCUAGACAUUUUCAACACCUCUUUGGUGUUUCCCAUCUACUAUGUGCUGUUCACCACCAUCGUCAUCACAACUUCCAUCAUCCUCUUUAAGGAGUGGGUCACCAUGACCGUAGUUGACAUCAUCGGAACAGUUUGUGGCUUCCUCACCAUCAUUUUGGGGGUAUUUUUACUCCAUGCCUUCAAAGACAUGGACGUCAGCUUAGGGAAUCUACGACAAGUACUCCAGAGCGGAGAGCAAGCGCCGGUCACCCGAGAUGACAAGAACAUCCUGAUAGAGGUGGACAACUCCAGCAUCGGCCCAGAGGAUAAACCCAAAACACUUGCAUGAACUCUAAAAUACACGCCACUAUCUCAAACGGAGGUGAGAGACAAGGAGUGAAUGGUGCACGCCUGCUAUUCAGACUCCGCUCAUCCAUGUUUAAUUACUUGCUCUGCAGAUAUGGGACAAGGAUAUUGGUGAAUAUGGGCAAAACAUGGUGAAUUUUGGAAUAGAUGCUCACUUAGGCUCAGUAGCAGGACCCAAGCCAUGAAGCAUUUUUACAGGACCACGGCAGAGAAAUCUUUUUCAGCUUUUGUUUCUUGUGAGGUACAGGAGCUUUCCUGCAGUACAGUGUUAAUUAGUUUUAUGGGUGGGUGGUUUGUUUGGGUUUUCUUCCUUAGCAGCUAUGGUGCCUGGGCUAUGUUGAUGUUGGUGGUGAAGCUGUUGGGCUUGAUCCAGACCUCACCCGAGCAAGGGGCAGCCCCUGCUCAGGCUGGGGAGCUCUGGCAGGGUAAACCCCAUGUCAGGAGAAACACUGCCACCAUCUUCAAGAUUUUUUGUGGUCUGUGAAAAUCUUUUCAGCCUGAAAGACCAAGUGGCUGUAAAUUUUAAGUAUUUUUUUUCCUUAGGAAAUGUCUUGACCCUGGAGAGGCCCCCAACUCUGAGCUCCAUGACCUGUCCUGCUAUUAUUUAAGCCCAGAAGCUUUUCUUUCUUUUGUUUACUUGUUUGUUUAGAGGGAGGUCUGAGCUGCAUGUUAAAAGCCAAACAGGCAUAAGCGGGUGAUCCUCUGCAGAGCUGUAGGGAUGCAGUUUAUCCCAGAGCGGUCCUGUUCACCCCUCUCCAUCUUUCUCAAUAUAGUACGGAUGUUACCUGGACUCUUGCUCACAGCUCACCUUCAAAACCCCCUUGGUUGUAUAUCAACGGUGAGGACGAAGGGAUGGGAGAAAUAACAUGUUGAGCUGGGAGGUGAAAAGAGAAGGUAUUACCGCAGUUAAACGUUUCUCCCAUCUUGCUGCUAGGUCUUAUAGCACAAGGAGACUGGAGCUCAUUUUUCUCACAGCAAAUCCCAAACCGGGAGCAGCGAAGCCUAAGCUGGCUUUGCCAAGCUGGCUCAGUCUGGAGGCAGCUCUGGCUGGGUUAGCCCUGGACCACGGCGCACACUGAUGCUGAGAUGCUGACCUGAUUAUACCUGGGUCUGAGCAUCGCUGAGCAAAUGCAACUUGGGGUUGCGGGGGUGGAGAGGAAUAUGCAAUCUCUUAUUCUAAUAACAUUUCAGUACCUUUUUUUUUGGAAUGUGGAAAGGGAAAUAAAGGCUUUUUCUAAAAAAAAAAAAAACAACCCAAACAACCCUUCCAGUUGUAUCUGAAAGUUUUUAAUGCCUUCUCUGAUCUUACUGGUGUAGCUGUAAAGGAUAAACGGGCUGAAGGACAGUUUACAGCAGAAAGAGCAUCUGGGGCAGAGAGUAAGACAGCAGCGCCCUCCUUUGGUAGCAGAAAAUAAUCCAAGUAAUUCACUGGCAUUGGUUUUGGCAUCCUAAUCGGUGUAAUGUUUUAUGCGUUUUAUUUCAGAAAUAGAUUGUAAACGAGACUCAUCCUUCUCACUGCGUAGAACUGCAUUUCAUAAAAGCCAUUACCCCAGCUAUCCUGCCAUCUCUGGACAAAUGCCACGUAUAAAAUCAAGAUUUGAACCAAAAGAGUACACAGUGACAGAAUAUUUGUUAAUGACAACUGACAAAUUUAUUAAAACUAGGCAAAAGGCA